AUGAACGAAAUUUUUGAAGAAAUAGGUGAGGAUAUGUGUCUAGUAUUACUAGGUUUGCACGCCUUCACUGGCUGCGAUACAGUGAGUGCAUUUGCGGGAAAAGGAAAAGCUACAACGUUGAAGGUGGCGCGUAAAGACAAAGAAUUUGCAUGUGCUAUGUCUAAGCUGGGAGAAACAGUAGAUGAUAGAACAAAGAUAGUUCUCGAGCCAUGUAGGUUUUAUAUCAACACUACCAAAAUCACAAGUGUCAACGAGCUAAGGUUCAUUUUAUUCUGUGGCAAACAAGGUAACAUUGAAUCGCACAAUCUUCCUCCAUGUCAGAGCAUACUACAUAAGCACAUAUCAAGAGCCAAUUAUCAAGCAAUGAUAUGGAAGAAGGCACUAUAUCCACAGCCAGACAAACCAUCUCCUGAAGGUCAUGGAUGGUUACUUCAAACAGAGAGUGACGGCAACAAUGACUGUUUUGGUACUGAAGCAUUUUCCUACGGCAUCGAAACCGUCGAGUGGUACAAGGAAUUCAAAAAACGCGGGCUGAAAUGUGGAGGCGCCUGGAGUUGGUGCAAUCCAGUUUUGAUUGUAACCGUUCCCGGUUACAUCAAGGAAAUUCUGCUAAAGAGUUUUUCUAGUUUCACCACGAGAGAUUUUUAUCAUAAUCCGAAAUACGACCCUAAAAACGAAAACCUUUUCGUCGUGGAUAAGGAAGUAUGGAAAAAUCUGAGGCAAAAACUGACACCUGUUUACACGACAGCUAAAAUGAAGCUGAUGUUUUUGGCUGUGGUUAAAUGUACCGAACCUAUGAUGGAUAUUUUUGCCAAGAAUGCUGAAACUGAAAAAGACAUGGAUAUGAGAGAGCUGCUCAUCAACCUAUAUGAAACGACAAAAGACGAAGAAAAACCUUUUACUUUUGACGAUCUUAUUGGCAACGUGAUUUUGUUUUUCACAGCCGGAUUUGACACGUCUUCGACUGCAAUGAACUUUGCAUUGUACGAACUUGCCUUGAAUCCCAAAUUACAAGACAGAACCAGGGAAGAUAUACGAAGGGUACUGGAUGAGCACAAAGGAGCGCUUACCUAUGAAUCGUUGAAGGAAAUGACUUAUUUGGGACAAGUGAUAGAUGCUAAACGGUUUGGUUUGAUGCAAACCGCUAUUGGCCUUAUCCAAGUUUUGAAAGACUACAAAGUCAGCAUCAGUCCGAAAACGAAAAUGCCUUUAACCUUAAAAAAAGGUGUGUUUUUGGUGCAAAUAAAUGAAACUUUGUACUUGAGAAUUACCAAAGCUUAA